AUGGAAACCGAUGUGAUGACUGACCAAUUGGCGAUGACGCUCUCCACCAAACUUCUCAACGCUUUCGAUUCAAGAAAUUUCACGGAAUUCAGUGAUUUUGAUGUCAGAUUUACCUAUGAUCAGUGCCAUAAGAUCUAUGAGAAGGCGGAGUUCUUGAAGGCGGUUGAGGAUUAUCGAAACACAUUUGCAAGUGGGACGGUUAUCAAGUACGCCCUAAUCUCCGCCUUCCCUAUCAAACGACAAUACAACGGAAUCCAGUUCAAUGUGCACACCGAAUUCCUUGGACAACAUCACGAUAUUUUGGUGAAUUUCCAAAAAACGAGACCAACUCUCGGAUCGAUGUGGAGAUGGGUUCACGCGUGGAAACUCAAUUGUAUCCGUGAUGAUCAUAGAGUUUUUCAGGAGAACGAGUUGAGACAGAAGGUUUUGUCUUAA